CGCGGACGUCACCGAGCCGCGCCGAGGGUGCGGGCUGGGCGGGAGGCGCGAGCGGUCGGGUCGCAGCCUCCCGGCCCUGGAGCCCCGACCGGAACCGGUGCGGGAACCGAGGUCGGAGCCGGUACCGAGGGCAGGGAGAACGGGCAGGUUUCCCACCAGAGAGGCGCUCGGCUCCGCACGGGGCGGGGUUUUCUUCCAGCGCGGGCGCGUCCCGCUCUGCGCGCUCGGCCCUUGGCCGCCGGCUGUUUCCCUCUGCGUCCGCGGCCCUGCAGGUUUUGCGGGUCUCGGAGGCUGAUCGGGGGUGCUGCUGCCGCCCCCCCAAGACCCGGGGUCGGCGUCCCUGACCCCGUGUGGGAAGGGCCGCCCUGCCCCGAGCCUCCGCCGACGCGGGGGAGCGCCUGGGCUGUCGGGCCUGUGGACCCACCCCUGCCCGUGUGCCCACCCCAGGGAGCGGGGAGGAUGACCACGCUCACGCGGCAGGACCUCAACUUUGGCCAAGUGGUGGCCGAUGUGCUUUGCGAGUUCCUGGAGGUGGCGGUGCACCUCAUCCUCUACGUGCGCGAGGUCUACCCGGUGGGCAUCUUCCAGAAGCGCAAGAAAUACAACGUGCCGGUGCAGAUGUCCUGCCACCCGGAGCUGAACCAGUACAUCCAGGACACCCUGCACUGCGUCAAGCCGCUCCUGGAGAAGAAUGACGUGGAGAAAGUGGUGGUGGUGAUUUUGGAUAAAGAGCACCGCCCAGUGGAGAAAUUUGUCUUUGAGAUCACCCAGCCUCCGCUGCUGUCCAUCAGCUCCGACUCCUUGCUGUCUCACGUGGAGCAGCUGCUGCGAGCCUUCAUCCUGAAGAUCAGCGUGUGUGACGCCGUGCUGGACCACAACCCCCCAGGCUGCACCUUCACAGUCCUGGUGCACACGAGAGAAGCCGCCACUCGCAACAUGGAGAAGAUCCAGGUCAUCAAGGAUUUCCCGUGGAUCCUGGCCGACGAGCAGGAUGUCCACAUGCACGACCCCCGGCUGAUACCCCUGAAGACCAUGACGUCGGACAUUCUGAAGAUGCAGCUCUACGUGGAAGAGCGAGCUCAGAAAAGCAGCUGAGGGUGCACCUGCCACCCCGCUCGUGCCACAACUGUGAGACUUUGGGGGCCCCCAGCCUCGGGCAGCGCUGCAGGGCCCCCCUGACUCCAAGUGCUCUUAUGGCCUCCGUGGACGGACUGCCCCCUCCUGCCCAGGGCUGCUGGGGCUGGUGGCCUUCCUGGAGGAAGCCUCCCCAGGGGCAGUGAGGGAUGCUGGGACCUCGGCUUCUCAGCCUCCUGGGCUCAAGCCAGCCAGCGCUGUCUCCAUACUGUGCUGUGAGUCGUUUCAAUAAAGGGGCCCAAGGGCUGCGCCGGGCUCUCACUCAGAAGUGGGAGGGACCCCA